AUGAUUUUUUUCAUAUCUACAAUCAUCCUCGAGUCCAUGGGAGACGAUUCUUCUGAUGAAAUAGUUCUUGCCGAGAGAAUGGAUAAUGAUAGUAGUGAGAUAAGUAUGGUCGAGGUUGUAAGAAAAUACCAAAGACCAACCAGAGUGAAAAGAAAAGGAUCCACUCAGAGUUCUCAAACUUCAAAGGCCAGGAGGAGGCAAGGAGUGGAAAAAGCCCAAUAUGCAGAUGAUCUCAGUUCAAGGGAGCCUGGGAGUGAUUUCUGUGAAAAGAAAGAGCUGUGUAAAGUAACGGUUGUUGAUCAAAACUCCAAAAAAACAUUUCAUAUGAAGAAAACAGAUACACUGGAGAGUAUUUACAAGGCUUACCAUGAGGGAAGCUCUCCCAUCAAGAUGAAGUACAAAUCUGUUCCUGUUUCAAGACACUUGACGUUGGAAGAAAUAGGGUUUGAUGGAGAUCAUUGCAUCACAAUCCAUAGGCAGGGACAGGCUUCUGGGGAGUUUGGGAUUGAAUUGAAGAUACAUGUCGAUUGCACUAAAACAAUUGAGGUCAAUCUUUGCAAGGAACUCAUGAUUGAGGAAGUUUUCGAAAAGCUUGAGGAGAUGGGAUUCCGUGGAGAUCUUCUGGUUAGGAACGGGGUUGUUUUGGGUCGUAAGAUGAAUAUAAAAGAUGUGCUGCAAACUGGAGAUGUUGUAGACCUUGUGAGCAAGGAUGAGAUUGAAUACAAAAUCUAA